AUGGAAACCAAAUCCGGGUCAGACAUCCAUCUACCCCCGGGCUUUCGAUUCUACCCAACCGAUGAAGAACUCAUAGUUCAGUACUUGAACAACAGAAUUCGAUCAGCUCCUCUACCAGCUUCCAUUGUUGCCGAGAUCGACCUCUACAAGUACGACCCAUGGGACCUACCAAGCAAGGCGCUCUUUGGAGAGGACGAAUGGUACUUCUUCACACCCAGGGACAGGAAGUACCCAAACGGAGCCCGCCCCAACAGGGCAGCAGCUUCAGGCUAUUGGAAGGCAACCGGGACAGACAAGCCCAUUCUUACCUCAACUGCAAUGUCAAGCGUCGGUGUCAAGAAGGCUCUUGUCUUCUACAAAGGCCGCCCUCCUAAGGGAAUUAAGACUGACUGGAUCAUGUAUGAAUAUAGGCUGCCUGAUACUGUGGUCUCCACUGCCAGGCAAAAAGGGUCCAUCACCCCCUCCCCCUCAUCCUUGCAGUUAGACGACUGGGUCCUAUGCCGGGUUAGGCAAAAGUGUAGUAGCCCUAGGAGCCUUUGGGAAGAUCCAAGUGCUCCUCUUAAAGAACUAGCAGGGACUUUCCCAAAACAAAAUGAGCUGCUGCAAAUGACUGCAAAUCUAUGCAAGACAAUGAAUAGCACGACUCCUAGCAUCGAAAUUGUCAACAAUAAUCACGUGGGCAAGCCAGGGAAUACAAACAACCUUAAUAAUGAUGACAUUGUGAAGAACUACUUCACGAACCCUAAUGACGACGCGGUGAAGAAUUACCUCUACAAGGAGUGCCCAAUGCUGCCUUACAUAUUUGCAUCUCAAGAUUUUUCCUCCUGCACCACUAAACAACCAGCAUCCAGCAUAAACUUUCAAGGCAGUGAGAAGUCAAGCAUUUCAGGUUAUGAGGAAGAUUCUUCGGAUGAUAAGAACCUGCAAUUCUCAUCAGUUACUUCGCUAGAUAACUUCUUUAACCCACUGAAGCGCAAAGAUGUUGGAAGAGAACAUCAGCAGCAGGAUUCUAGUUUUUACCUAGGCAAGAAGCCUAAAAAUGGAGAUUUCGACGAAGAUACGAUGAUAUCUAUAUGUGAGGAUACCUUCGAUAUCAACUUUUGUGGAGACGAUCAGUUUUAG